AUGGGAGACCGUGGCUCCAAAGUGCAGGGUGGUGCGAGAGUAGUUGCGCCGGAAGGUGAAGAUGAUGAGGCUAUUUCUGGCAAUAAUGACGAGAAUCGUCAGUCGUUCAAUACGACUGCUCCAGGAGAUUGUUCGUCCCCCGAUCCUGGCCUUGGGUAUGGUUUGCAUAAUUUUGUUCUUGGUACUGUUGGUGUUCCUCCGCAGUCUGUUGUUGAUAGUAAUGGGGUUCUUAUUCCCAAUCCUGAGUUCUUGUUUCAUGUUCAACAAGAUAAGUUGUUAGCCUCAUGGUUAUUAUCCACUGUUAGCGAUGAUGUUCUGGUUCAUCUUAGUGGUGCCAAAACGAGUUUUGAAGUCUGGAGUAUUGUUUUGCGUAGAUUUACUUCGAAGUCUGUUUUAGCAGUCUCUACUCUGAGACAUUCUCUUUAUUCUCAGAAGAAAGGGUCUUUAACGGUCAAAGAAUACCUGGCUAAGGUUCAAAGUUUGUGUGACACUCUUAUGGCUGCAGGAACUCUCAUUACUGAGCAAGAACAGGUUAGUAUUGUUCUUGCAGGUUUACCAGUGGAGUAUGAGUCCGCACGAGUUGUGGCUUCUGCAAUGAAUGUUUCUCUCGAUCUUCUUGCUGACAUGUUGUUGGAUUGUGAGUCUUGGCAACAAGAUUUGGCGUCCAGUAUAGCUUUACAAGCGAAUAUUGCUCAACAGAAUGUUUCUACUACUGGCAAUACUGGUUCGUCUACUAAAGACUUUGGGACAUCUUACAGAGGUCAUGUCGGUCCUCUCGUAGUCAAGGCAGAGGCAAAUGUAGUCUCUAAGCAAGGGCUAUGUUCCUCGAAUGGCAAGGUCUGGUACCCUGACUCCGGUGCGUCUCAUCAUGUGACCAAUGAUCUCGACAACUUGCUGGAAUCAGCACCAUACAUAGGUACCAACAAGGUCUUUAUGGGAAAUGGUGUACCCGUGUCUGUAGCUCAUACUAGUUCCAGUUGUUUUACAUCUGCCACGGUUUGUGCUGCUCAAUUGAAGUCCUCGGUUGAUAAUAGUUGUGUUUUUGGUUUUUGGCAUAAGAGACUUGGCCACCCUUGUAAUAAGACUGUUAUGGCAAUUCUUCAUAAGAAUAAUAUUGCUUUUAACACUUAUUCUAUCUCAUCUGAAGGCCACUCUUAUUGUGUGUCUUUUAUCGAUGCUUACUCUCAUCAUACUUGGAUGUAUCUCAUUAAACACAAGUCUGAGGCUCUUGAGAAGUUUCUUCAACUACAAAAAUUGGUUGCUGUUCAGUUUGGUUGUUCUAUAAAGGUUAAUAUUCCUCUACGUUUUUGGGCGCAUGCUUUUAUCAGUGUUGUCUAUCUUAUUAAUAGGCUUCCCACACCUGUUCUCUAUGGCAUGUCUCCUUAUGAAGCUUUACAUAAAACCCCUCCUUCAUUUAUGCAUCUGCGGGUUUUUGGUUGUCGGUGUUACCCUUAUCUAAGGCCGUUUAACACUCAUAAACUGGAGUAUCACUCUCGUCCUUGUGUAUUCCUUGGCUACAGUCUUGUUCACAAAGGGUAUAAAUACAUGGAUGACACUGGCAAGUUAUUUGUUUCUCGCCAUGUAAUUUUUGAUGAGGCCACUUUUUCGUUUGUUACUUCUGCUUCUCCAGCUGGUUCUGUUUCUUCUGUUCCUUCACCUCAGUUCCAGCGUCAUGCAUCUCAAGUUCCAGUAGUACGUUUUUCUUCUAUAUUUGCUUCCUCAGGGUCCAUUGAUUUCCAACCUCUGCCAGCUACUGCUGUGGUAUCUCACGAUCAGGAUAGCAGUAAUCAGUUUUCUCAUUCUCCUCAGGCAUCAGGUUUUUCUUCUUCUGAGACCUCUCGAGUGGUUUCCAGUAAUGUUCAGGUUAAUAAAUCCCUACAUGUACCUCCUAUCAACACUCAUCCCAUACAAACCCGGGCCAAGAGUGGGAUUUUCAAACCAUGUGUUUUUUUAACAGAGAUUGGUGUUCCUAAACCAGUUACAAUUGAGGAGGCCUUGUCAUCGAAAGAGUGGGCUCUGGUUGCUAAACAAAAGUUUGAUGCGUUGAUAAGAAAUCAGACAUGGGACUUGGUUCCCUUACCUACCAACAGAAGGGCUGUGGGGUGCAAAUGGGUGUUUAAGCUUAAAAAGCAUGCUAAUGGCACCAUAGCCCGAUACAAAGGUCGUCUGAUGGUCAAAGGGGCUGUUCUUAAGUCAGUAGAAGUAUGUUCUCGAUCUUCUACAGAAAGCCAAGAUGGAUCAUGCAAAAGGGGAUCCAAGAAACAAAAGGUCGUCUCUAGGUCAACUGCCGAAGCUGAGUAUCGCGCUCUUGCUCACAUUGUUACUGAAGUGGAAAAAAUUGUUGCUGGAUGGUUGACAGUAGGACAUGUUCCUGCUCAAGAGCAAAUAGCAGAUGUGUUCACUAAGCCUUUGUCAGCUCCUUUGUUUACAAAGUUCAGGUCAUGUCUCAAGGCUAUUGCUAAACAUGGUCAGUCAGAGAUCGCAGAGAAAGCUAGAGGCAUAUUAAGGAAUUAA